CAAUCUCUAAACAUUUAGGCCAUCCGCACAUUAUCCUGUACAACUUUUUUUUAUACGACACCCAUCGACUCACCUCUUGAUUCAAUCAACCAUCCCAACUCCAUGUCCUCCUUUGUUUGGCCGGAUGAUACAGACUCUCCCUCCACCUACGGUGUCCUAAAAAAAACCUUGGUUCACUCGCCCAUUAUCCAGCACAUCUUUACCCUCAACAUCGACAAGAACAAACCAUAUGCAAAUCCCACCACCACCGGCGAUGUGCCGGCAACGGAGCCGCUCUUGCCGCUAGACACAUGGGACCUCCUCACAUCACAAAAGGCCUGGGGAGAUGACGUUCCAGACUCGUUCGAUGAUGGACUCUUUGACAACUACCCCAUGGAAACCACGGUCAAACGCGAGAGUACCGCGCCACGGGAACCCGCGAUGUGUCGCGUACAGGUCGUGGUGCGCGCGCACUCGCUCACGGUUGACGGCGCGACCGCCACGCUUCCCGUGCGCAUCAAGACGUGCGCGAUCAUCCCCGGCGCGCACGGGGAGGUGCCCUUCGACGACAGUUUGUUCGUGAGCCUCAACUCAGGCGUGCUCCUUCUCGUGCGAAUCUACUACACCGGCGACGGCUACACACCCCGGGUGGUUCAGUGGAUGGGGCUCGACAACAAAUUCGGCGAGUCACAGCUCUAUGAUGUGGGCCAUGCGCUCGCAGUUCACCGCCUGGGGCUCUAUGCGGCCACGACCGCGAUGUGCUGCCGUGCGCGCGUGGUUAGCCUCCAGCGCUUUGAGAACGGUGGCAUCGCGAUGAAGGCCCACCACGACCUCUACGUUGACGGCACCAUCGUGCACACGGUGUUCAUGGAGCCGCUCGACGGCAACCCGUCCAGCGUAAUGCUCCUCUUGUUUGUAGUGACGAACGAGCGCCGGCUCCAGGUCCGCACCUACCAGUGGUCACUCUUCGCACCGUUCCGCGACAUCCACCAGUACAGCCCGUACCUUGUGCCACGCGCGCACGCACUCCCCGUGCGUGUAGUGCCACUCUGCCAGAACAACGCGGUACUUUUGGUGCUUCCGGACCGUUUGGUGCUCCUCACGAUCCACCAGAUCCUCAACGCGGGAUAUGACGCUACGCAGGCCGCGCUGCCGGGGUUUGUGAGCGCCGUGUUCCACGACGCGCGCGCGCCGAUGGUGUCGCGCGUCAACUUUGUCGACUACGAUCGCAUUGACGAGAUUUUUUUAGCCACCGACAAUGGCCGGGUCCACGCGGUCGUUGUAAAGGAUAAAGAAAUCGAAUGCACAGAAAUUCUCAACGUUGGCGUAGCCAUCGACACCUUCACCCUCACGGAGUUCGAUGAAACCCACUACCUUCUCUCCUACGGCGCCGCGCUUGGCACGGGCCGCGAGGUGAAAGUGUCCAAGGCCCAGAUCCGCAAGGGCAGUUACGAUCUCGCGCUUCCGCCGCUCCCCCAGGGCUCUAGCAAGCACAGAUCCCAUUCGUCCGUCGUGCGUGAGCACCCCAACUGGGCGUCGAUGCGCGACUAUCGCGUGGGUGCGGCCUCCAACCGCAACAUCGAGGUCCACUCGUCGCAGGAGUUGUGGGGAUUAUCGGGAAACGGUGCCGGCACGGCGUUAAAUCAUAUUCGUGUGGGGUACAGGGCGGUGAGGACGAUUCUUGAUGCAGGCGCCGAUCCGUUGGAGCUUUUCCGUGUGCUGUGUCCGGAUCUAGGCGAGCUUUUAGUCUAUUCUGGGCCCUUUGAGACGCGAAUCGUGUCUGAAUCCGACGCGGAUUUGGAGUUUGAGUUAGCGUCGCGCACGCUCUUAGUAGACAAGGUAGGAGCCUUGUGGAUGCAGGUGACUGAGGAUACGGUUGUGCUCACCAAUCUCCAUAAGACGGUGCACUAUCUGGUGGCUUUUGCGGAUAGCAUUCGCUUUGCCGCCCUUUCGGGAACGGUGUUGGUUGUAGUCACCGAUUCCCAGAAGUUGGAAGCGUUUGAAAUUGACGUUGAGGCGGCAAUGGCCGGGGCUGAGACGGUGUUGAUCAGGAUCUCCGCGGUGCAAUUGGAGCUCCAGGUGGCGGUGCUAAAAGUUGUCGUUUUCGAUAAGGUGGAUUUGUUAGCCUCGGGACGUGAUAUUUUGGUCGGAACGUUCGAGUCUGAGCUAGUGCACUUCCGCUUGGAGUCUACCUUUGUUUUUGUCAAAAGCUUGGUCUUGGAUGGAAUUCCCAACGACCUUUUCUACCACGCUGAGCAGCACCGUUUGUACGUUGGCUCGCGCACCGGAAUGCUCGCAAAGCUCCGAGAGUUUGCCCUCGAAAGCUCGGUAAAGAUAAGCGAAACGCCCGUCACCUUCUAUCCAAACCUCUACCCCGAUACGCUCGUCAUCCUCGCGCGAAACAUCUGGGUCCUACGGAUGAGGGAUGCCUAUCCGUGGAAGGUGUUGGUCAGCGAAAGAAGCACCUCCAGAACGUACUCCCUCCUUCCUCUUGCAACUGAAGGUAAAUGUCUAUCGGUGCUAGCGGUUAGGGACGAAGGGGUGUCACGGCUUGACAUUGACCUCAGUGAAACCGCGGUGGUUCUUCGAACAAUUCCACUCGGGGUACCUGCACGAACCUUCAUCCACCACGAGAAGUUCACCGAGCUGGGGGUCAGGAAGUACGGAAUCUUUGUUGUUCUCACGACAAAGCUUCUUUGUGUUGACCCCAAGAGCCUCUGCACGAUGAGCCACCGAGAGAUGAAGUCCAACGACGAAGAGAGCAUCUUUAGUGACGGCGAAUCCCCGCUUUCUGUGGCCGAGUGGUGUCUUAAUGGACACAAGAACUUGAUCGUGGGGUGCACAAAGGGGAAUGAGGGGUGUGUGAAGGUUAUCCAGGUGUCCAAGACCCGUGAGAAGGGUAGAAAAGACGUGAUGGUGUUGAAAAAGUUGAACUCGUGGAAGGUCAGUGAUCCAGUUUACGCUCUCGCCCAGUUGAGCGACUUUAUCGCCUACGCUGCGGGCUGUGCCUUGUACUUGAGCUCAUACAACCUGGCAACCAGCACCAUGAACCCUGCAAAGAAACUCGCGCUUUUUCCGUCCAACGUGAUUGCUAUUUCCUGCCAGGGAACCAAGGUUGUGGUCACCACACAGUCCAACUCGUUCAAGGUGUUCUGCUUCGACCCACUGAACCAAACGUUGCAAACGCUACAGGGAGGUCACGGUUCAAGCUAUCUCCUCCGUUCGGUCCCAUUGAAUGACACGCUCGUUACCGCUGACCAGGUGACACACGUUAUUUGCGGCUUUGACCUAGCGAUCACGGGGGGACAAGCCAUGUCACGGUUUAAAAACGAGGUUGAUUUUGUCCCCCGCUUGGCCCUGGCCGACUUCUUUCCCAUCUGGCUUGCACAAGGAGAAAGGAUGAAAGUAUCGGGUAAUCGCUUCAUUGCUUGUGGUGUUGGCGGUGAAAUCGUUUGCUAUACGUUGUUGAAAAAAGCGCAGUAUUCGCAUUUGAACCAGCUCAUCCGCGAUCUGAAAGCGUUGCAUGUGGACCCCGUCGGUUUCUGGGCCUUGGACGAUCCCGUCUGGUUAAAUGAGUACACCUUUUCCGCCGGUGGCCGGUUCGGUGAGGACGAUCGCAACGUUCUAGACUGCGUUUGUUUGCCUGAAGCGGCCCGGUGCGAACCCUGGGUGAAUGACUUGGUCAAUUCCGUGGCUCUAUAGACUGGUAUCUGUCAGAGCUGUAUAACCUUGAGGGUGUGUUGGGUGUAUAUGCUGGCACCUGGCCCCAAGCGUACGUGUAGACCACUCUUGCACCGGUGAGAUCAAGACAAGCACUGUUUGCUCUUGUGUUAGAUUGUUCUCGCCAGAAAUGGCAUUAGGACAUUCCACCGAAACUCCAGUAAUUUGGCUUUCAUGGUUGUGCCAAGACAUAUAGGACAGCUUAGUUGGGAUUGAGCGAGGCUGCCGUCUUAUUCAGCGAGCGGCUGGUUUCACGAAGGAUUACAACUUAAG